UCUUCCUUUCCACCUCCGACCCGGCAAAGUGAGUAUGUGUGGCGGAGUCUGGGCUUCUGGAAUCCGGCCCCAUCCUCCUUUAGGAUUGUGCUAACUGGGACCGCGAAAUCUCUCCCGAGCCAGCCCGGGGCUCCGGUUGUGGAGAGAUGGGAAUGCCCGCUGCUUUUAAGGGCUCCCGGAGCCUGAGGAGGAAAGUGACCAGGCUUAGGGGAGCCGGGGCGGCAGGGAUUUCCGGGUCGGAGGCAUCUGAGAGCGCGGCUGCGUGGGUCACUGGGUGACCGACUUAGCGUGGCCAGACCUCAGCACCUGAAAGCGCCCCGAGAGUGACAGCGUGAGGUUGGGAGGGAGGACUUGGCUUGUUUGUCCAGCUUUGUCCUGAGCCUCCUUGUCGCCUGCAUUUAGAUGGCUCCUGCAAAGAAGGGUGGCGAGAAGAAAAAGGGCCGUUCUGCCAUCAACGAGGUGGUGACCCGAGAAUACACCAUCAACAUUCACAAGCGCAUCCAUGGAGUGGGCUUCAAGAAGCGUGCCCCUCGGGCACUCAAAGAGAUUCGGAAAUUUGCUAUGAAGGAGAUGGGAACUCCAGAUGUGCGCAUUGAUACCAGGCUCAACAAAGCUGUCUGGGCCAAAGGAAUAAGGAAUGUCCCAUACCGAAUCCGUGUGCGGUUGUCCAGAAAACGUAAUGAGGAUGAAGAUUCACCAAAUAAGCUCUAUACUUUGGUUACCUAUGUGCCCGUUACCACUUUCAAAAGUAAGUUCUCCAUCCCAUAAAGCCAUUUAAACUAACAUUAGAAAAAUGUCCUUAGCUCUGUUAAAAUGUGAAUUCAUCUGUUAAGCUAGGAGGGGUGACUACAUCAUUAUACCUUUUUUUAAAUUGUGUUGUGGGAAGACGCUAAAGAAAGCUAAACUGGUCCACAUCUGGAGUGUGAAAAGAUUGUGGAAAAUAGAAUGCUACAGGCCCAGACCCUCCUACAAAAGGUUUCGAGAGUUAAAAUGCGAGAUGUGAUGUGGUGUGGAAGCUGACUGUCAUUUCUUUUACAGAUCUACAGACAGUCAACGUGGAUGAGAACUAAUCACUGAUCGUCAAAUAUAUCAAAUAAACUUAAAAAAAUUGC